AUGGACCUCAAAAGAAAUCUAGUAGGCCUAAAUGAUCUCCCAGAUAGCUUGUUGAUCUAUAUUCUAAGCAAAGUUCCCUUGAAGCAAGCAGUGCGUUGUUCACUCCUCUGCAAAAGAUGGAAAUUCAUCUGUAACCUUGAAGUUUUUGAGUUUAGCAACAAUAUCUCCUUUGAGAUCAGAGACAAGCUUUCUAAGUGGAUUCACCAAGCUGUUUUGAAAGAUAACCUUGAAGAUAAAUUCAGACAGUCUUCUUUCUCUAUAUCUCUGCUCUCCGAUAGAAGCAUUAACAGUGAGUUGCCCACGCUUGAUGAGACUUUCAAUAAUGAAAGAUUUUCGUCGGAGGACCGCGAUGGAAUUCUACUUGCCGGCAACACGCGCUACACUGCAUUGGGUGUAAUGCAGCAGUUGUCUAAUGCCGUAUUUCCAGAUUUUUCUGCAUCAUCUUCACUGAAAAAUCUAAAGCGGGUUCAUCUGAAUAUGACACUUUUUUAUGAUGCUACACGCCUACUUGCCUAUCUACUUCCACGCUCUCCUGCUCUGAAAAGUAUAUCAGUUUCCCGGAAGAAAGGAUUUGAUGGCGCUAGGGCUCUGCGAUUUAUCAACAGGGUGUUGAAUCUUCAGCAACAAUUUCCAGGAACCAAAAUUCUCUUAUCACGGGAUACAGUGAAGGAAGGGAGAUGCCUCAACUGCGAUCUUGAAGAUUUUCAUUAA